AUGGCCGUUGAGGGAGGAGACAUUGCCAUCAUUGGCUCUGGUUGCCGCUUCCCAGGUGGCUCCACAUCGCCGGACAAGCUUUGGGAACUUCUGAGCGAGCCAAGACUCGUUGCUAGCGAAGUUCCCUCAUUGAAAGGAUACUACCACAAGAGCAAUCAGUAUCAUGGCCACGCAAACGUUCGUGAAGCAUAUCUCCUCGAGGGGGAGGGAGUACACCGGCGCUUUGAUGCAGGCUUUUUUGGGAUCAGCCCCUCCGAGGCCAACAAUGUGGACCCGCAGACUCGUCUGCUCCUCGAGGUUGUUUACGAGGCACUCGAGUCUGGCGGUCAGACAAUCGACCGACUGAAAGGCUCCGAUACGGCCGUCUACGCCGGUCAGAUGGUCAACGACUACGAGCUCCUGAUGUACCGGGAUCACGAGAACUACGGCAAAUACCACGCAACGGGCGCGUCGAGGGCAAUGUUAUCAAACAGAAUCUCGUACUUCUUCGACUGGCACGGCCCGUCGAUGACUAUCGACACGGCUUGCAGCUCGAGCUUGGUUGCCCUGCAUCACGCUGUUCAACAGCUGCGAUCUGGUCACUCACAAGUAGCUAUUGUGGCUGGAUCAAAUCUCAUCUACGACGCGGGCACCUUUAUCGCGGAGACAAAUCUCCAAAUGUUGUCGCCCGGAGGCCGAUCUCGGAUGUGGGAUGCGGACGCCGACGGUUAUGCUCGCGGAGAGGGCGUUGCUGCAAUAGUGCUCAAGACAAGGCAGGCGGCUGAGGCCGAUGGUGACAAUAUUGAGUGUAUUAUUCGAGAGACGGCGCUGAAUCAAGACGGCAGGACACGGGGACAGACGAUGCCAAGCGCGGAUGCCCAGGCACAACUUAUCAAGGACUGCUAUGCCCGUGCUGGGCUGGACCUCAGCAAUCCCGCGCAUCGCCCACAAUACUUCGAGGCCCAUGGCACGGGAACACCAGCCGGUGACCCGAUUGAGGCUGAAGCCGUCGCAGCUGCAUUAUUUCCAGACGGACGAGGAGUCAAUGGCUCUCUCGGGCCUCUUUUUGUUGGCAGCUGCAAAACUGUCAUCGGCCACACAGAGGGAACAGCAGGCAUAGCUGGAAUUCUGAAAGCAUCACUUGCGCUUCAGCAUGCUAGUAUUCCACCAAACCUCCAUUUCAACCGCCUGAAUCCCGACGCCCACGCCGUGCGAGCCUUCGGAUUCGGAGGCACUAAUGCCCACGCCAUACUCGAGAGCUACACGCCACGGGCUGAUAUAAUGCCAUCUAAUCACGUCAAUGUGCCGCCAUGCAUUCCGUUCGUCUUCUCCGCAGCCUCAGAAUCAUCCUUGAAACAAUAUCUCGAAAGCUUCUGUAACUACCUAAGCCGGGGUGAUUCUGUGUCUAGCCUUCACGAUAUUGCUUCAUCGCUGGCCUCCAGACGGACCCGGUUCCCAGUGGCCGUGGCAAUUGGCGCGUGCACCCAGGACGAACUCAAGGGGAAAAUACAGCAAAAGCUCGAGGCGUCGCGGAGUGAUCCGGAGCUGCGCGUCGGCUACAGGACAACGCGCCGAGACGCAGCCGCAAGCCCCGGCAAACCUCGGGUCUUGGGGGUCUUCACAGGGCAGGGCGCACAGUGGGCGCAAAUGGGGCUGGAACUGAUCACCACGUUCCCGGCUGCGAGAAACAUCAUGGAGAGGCUACAGAAGCGGCUGGAUCAGUUGCCUGUCGAUGAUCGUCCCGCACGGUCGCUCUUGCAAGAGUUGCGGGAAGACGCCUCCUCGACCCGCGUCAUGUCGGCUGCCGUAUCUCAGCCUCUCUGCACCGCCAUUCAGAUCAUCCAGGUCGAUCUGCUACGUGCUGCGGGUAUCGAUUUCUCUGCCGUAGUGGGUCACUCAUCCGGCGAAAUCGCAGCAGCCCAUGCAGCUGGUCUGCUUUCUGCCGAAGAUGCUAUCUGUGUUGCCUACUACCGCGGCCUACACUCGGGGUCAUCCCAGGGCGCCGCUCAGAAAGGUGCUAUGAUGGCCGUUGGCACGUCUGCAGAAGAUGCCGAAGAUCUCCUUGGAUUCCCUGAGUUCGAAGGGAGGGCUUGUGUAGCCGCUGUGAAUUCAAAACAGAGCGUAACACUCUCUGGGGACCACGACGCUCUCUAUGAGAUGGAGGUCGUGUUUGGAGACGAGGAGAAGUUUACCAGAUUCCUCAAAGUGGACAGGGCUUACCACUCUCAUCACAUGAAGGCGUGUUCUGCUGAGUAUCUUGGCUCCCUGAAAGCACUGGGAGUUGAGGUGGGUCGUGGCAACCAAACUCGCUGGUUCUCAAGUGUUUCCGGAUCAGAACUGGGCGAGGAGGAGUUGCUGAAGGGCCCCUAUUGGGAAAGCAACAUGGCAAAGCCGGUGCUAUUCAUGCAGGCUAUCGAUCAGGCCUGUAACGCCAUGAAUCAACUGGACCUGGUGGUUGAGUUGGGCCCUCAUCCCGCUCUUAAGGGGCCCACACUUGAGACCAUUCGGGACCGACUCUCAUGCACGGUUCCCUACACAGGUCUUUUCCAACGUGGCGUCUCAAGUAUCUCAUCUCUCGCUGACGGUCUUGGCUAUGCCUGGAUGCAUCUUGGCGAGAGUGGCGUCGACCUACAGCGCUACGGCGAAUUUGUUUCCGGGAGCCUGAACUCGGCGCCUGCCAAGGGCCUUCCGACGUACGCUUGGGAUCACCAAAGCGAGUACUGGCACGAAUCAAGAUGGGGCAGGGCUGUUCGCCUUCGUCAAGACCCAGUAAACGAGCUACUGGGCCACUUGACGCCAGACAGUACCGAGCAUGACAUGCGUUGGCGCCACAUGCUGCGACUGUCAGAGAUUCCGUGGCUCUCUGGGCAUAGGCUGCAGAAUGGCAUCAUAUUUCCGGCCGCCGGUUACGUCGUGAGUGUGCUCGAGGCCGUUCGCAUACUUUGCAAGAAGUCUCCUGUCAAGACCAUUGAACUGCUGGAUCUUGAUAUAGUCUCGGCGCUCAUGUUUGAGCACGAGAAUUCGAGCAUGGAGAUAAUUAUGUCCCUUGCAAACAUCUCGAGACAGAAGGAAAGAACAAUCGAGGCAGAGUUCAAAUAUCACGCUGCGGCUGCAGAUGGCUUUGACGACCUCAAACUCAAAGCCAGCGGCCAUGUGCGUAUUCAUUUAGGCGAGCCCGACGAGACUGCUCUUCCUGCACAACGGCCAAUACUGUCCAAUAUGCUGCCUGUGUCGAAGGACAAAUUCUAUGAAUCAAUAGCCGAGAUCGGGUACCAGUAUGGUGCACCGAACGACGAUCAGUCACCAUUUUACCAGCUUGCAUGGGGCGUCGCAGACCCGAAUGUCGAGUUGGCCGUGGAGAACAGUACCAGCCCGGCAGCAUCGGCCGAGGCUGCGACCUUUACAAGACAUCUGGCUCGGACCAUCCAGCAGAUCGUGCACAGAUAUCCUCGCAUGCAAAUUCUGGAGUUGCCAUCAGAGACCAGCGCCCCAACAAAGGCUAUACUGGACAACAUCGGCUCAAAAUUCGCGUCCUACACUGUCACCACGCACGCGUCUUCCUUGACUACUUCGGAAUCGGAGUCGACUUGGCUGAAGGACGAGAGAUUGAUUUCGAAGAAUCUAGACUUAUCAUGUGGUUUGAAAGAGCAAGGGUUCCUAGACUCUUCAUACGACCUGGUUGUGGCACCCCAUUCUUUCUCCGGCACAUCUGACCUCGAUCAGGCCCUGCGCAAAGUGCGGCGUCUGCUCAAACCAGGUGGCUAUCUUGUCGUGUUGAGCCCUCUGCCAUGUACUAACAGCUUCUGGGACGAUUUGCUGCGAACAACUGGCUUUUCGGGGAUUGAUACCAGCAGUGGGGAUGUAGAAGGUGCCAUGCCGCUUUCUGUAUUCGCAUCGCAGGCCAUGGACGAAAAGAUCGCCUUCCUUCGCAAUCCUCUUUCCAUGGCAUUCCCAUCUUCGGAAAGAUUGGUACAAGAUCUCGUGAUCCUCGGCAGCAACAGCCUGACGGCAAGGGGGCUCACGAACCAGGUUUCAGCUGCCCUUGAAGCAUCUUGCGGCAGAAUUCAGGCUGCAAACUCCUUCGACGAUUUUGUCAGCCUCAGAAUCACACCGGGAGCUGUCAUCUUGAACCUGCAAGAUUUAGAUCGCAGCGUGUUCGAGCACCUGGACGAUAAGACAUGGAAUGCCCUGAAGAGAAUGACACUCCAUACAGGAACUCUUGUCUGGGUGACUCGGGGGCGGCGUGCUGAAAAUCCGCGCGCAAACAUGGCCAUGGGUUUGCUGCGUGCUGCGGCGCGCGAGAACCCGGCGCUCGACUAUGUUCUUUUAGACAUCGAAGAGGCGUCCGACUCGGACCACCGCAUCAUAGCAGAGACUCUGCUCAGGCACAAGGCAGCGUCUAGAUGGUGCCACCAAGACGGCCUCCACUUCACAACCGAGAACGAGCUGGUAGUUGACAAGGCACGGCGACUGCUUGUCCCCCGCCUCGUGCCGAGCCAAGAGAUGGACGACCGCUACAACUCCAGUGGCCGGGAGGUCCGUACCCCUGUGCGUGCUGAUACGCACCAAGUUGGCGUGUCCAUGCAAGAUGGGAAGUGGGACUUAAGCCUGAUACCGCCAUCAUCCCAGCCUCAGGAUGGACGCCUGAGAUUGCAGACUACGCACUCUCUCAUCUCGCCGGUGCGGGUCGCGGAGUUUGGCAGCAUGUUUGUGGUGCUUGGGAGAGACAUGGCAUCUUUCAGAGAUGUGGUCGGGCUCUCCUCCAACAAUGCAUCAUUCGCUCACGUCCAUGCAGAACUCGUGAUCCCAAUUGGAGAUCAUCGGGGAACUGAAGACCGACUCCUGUGGCUCAUGGCUAACCAUUUGAUGGCGAGCAUCAUUUUGAGGGGCCUAUCCAAGGGCGAUAAGGUUCUGGUCCACGGAUGGAGGAGGGAAACCGCUUGGGUUCUGGCCGAGCGAGCCAGAAUAUUAGGCGUGGAGGCCAAGUUCACGACAACAGAUCCCGAAUCAUCGGAGGCUGACGGCAUUCAGCGAAUCGUGUUACACCCCAACGCCUCUGCGUCAGCUCUGGAUCGACUAGCUCAAGAGGACUUCUCCGUGUUCAUUGAUAUGACGAAUGCUGCUGAGACUGGUUCACUGGGAAGUAACAUCGCCUCGUCACUGUCAACCUACUGCAGGAAAGAGAACUACGCGUCGUUGUUUGCAAAGAAUGCUUACGAUCCUAGGGAAGGGCAUUUGGACGGUAUCCACGCCCGCCUGGAAGAAGCCGUGACAUGGGCUUCUGUCGUCAUGGCCGAGCCUGGCGAGGCGGCAUGGAUCAGGGAAGCUAUUCCUACCAUGCCAGUGGCUCUAGCAUCCAUUCCCGGAGAGGACAGCCUCGUGGAUCCGCUCACGGUUGUCGAGUGGGCUUCCACUUCUGGCGUCUCGGCAAGAGCUUGCCCGGUCGACUCACUAGUAUCGUUCCCUGGAGACAAAACGUACUGGCUUGUGGGCCUCUCUGGAGGUGUAGGCCUUUCACUCUGCGAGUGGAUGGUGCAGCGCGGAGCUCGAUAUUUCGUCAUCAGCAGCCGGAGUCCCAAUAUUGAGGCGGCGUGGCUGGACGAGAUGCAUGCAAAGGGGGCUGUAGUCAAAGUUUCAGCAUGCGACGUCACCAAUGAAUGCCAAGUCCGUGCCCUUUACCAAGAGAUUUCAUCCUCUAUGCCACCCAUCGCGGGUGUAGCACAGGGGGUAAUGGUUCUCGAGGACACGUCCCUCCAAGACAUGACCCUUGACCAGCUAUCAGCAGUCACGAAACCUAAGGUCGAGGGAAGUAUCUACUUAGAUCGACUCUUCGCGGACAACGUACUCGAAUUCUUCAUCUUCUUCUCGUCGGUGUCGACAGUCGUUGGAAACCAUGGGCAGGCAAACUACGCGGCAGCCAACGCGUUCAUGGCCAGCCUCGCCGAACGGCGUCGAGAACGGGGCCUCGCUGCGUCGGUUAUCGACAUUGGCCCGAUCGCUGGGAUCGGUUAUAUCAGCCGGGCCUUUGAGGAAGGGGCUCUUGGCAGGAUGACGAUGCGGACGUCGGGCUGGGCGAAGACGUCGGAGCGGGACUUCCACCAGCUUUUUGGAGAGGCGGUGCUCGCGGGACGGCCUGGCUCGACGGGCCCGAUUGAGAUCGGAUCAGGUCUGCGCAGAGUCCACCAGGGAGAAGACGACCAGCCUGUCUGGCAUUCAUGGCCGCGCAUGAGCCACCUGAUCUCGCGCAGUGAGGGACCUAUAGAUCCGGGCGAAGGUGGUACCGAGGCCAGAGUUCCCAUCAAGGACCGCCUCUCGAAGGCCCCGGACGGUGAAGUCCACACUAUCAUCUGGGACGCCUUCACAAGCCAACUCGGAUCCCAUUUUCAGCUCGACACCCGGGACGCCAGUAAGGAGGAGCUGGCCGCCAUGCGCCUCGAUCAGAUGGGAAUUGACUCGCUCACGGCGAUGGAGAUCCGCGGCUGGUUCAUGAAGACACUCGAGGUCAACAUACCUGUUCUGAAGAUCCUUAACGGCAGCUCAAUCAGUGAGCUUGUCGCCAUUGCGACCGAGGCUAUUCAAGAACGGAGAGCCCAGACCGUCGAUGAGGGCUCCGAGGCCUCUGCGACGAGCCAGGAGCUGGUCGACAGCUCGAGCACCGAUCCUGACGAGCCUGGUGAUACGGAUGACGAGAAUGUGUCGUCGAAGCCUGGCUCCCUCUGUGAUUUCGCACAGUCUGGCCAAGUGAUCCUCAAAUCAGUUCCGGUCUCGUCCACUCAGGCGAGAUUCUACCCAUCCGGAAUAUUCCUGGAAGACCUGGUCGGUCUCAACCACACCGCUUGGACCAGGAUCACAGGUGCAAUAGACACGGAAAGGUUGCGGCAGGCGGUGCUUGCAGUAGGCCAGCAGCAUGAGAUCUUGAGGACGGCAUUCUUCGACCAGGGUGGCCAACAGAUGCAGCACGUACUAAAGGCCAGCCUCCUCCACCUGGAACACCAGCAGAUAGAAGACGAGGAGGAAGUGGCAAGAGUCGCAAUGUCCAUCCAGAAGGGGCACGUAUACGACGUCGCGCGCGGAGAAACGAUCCGACUGAUCCUGGUGUCCCAUCCAGCGGGAGAGAACUACCUCAUCAUCGGCGUCCACCCCCUCAUCAUGGACGCAACAGGCAUCCAGGUCUUCCUCCGCUGGCUCGCCUUCCACUACACCAACCCACACUCCCAACCCCGCGUGAAGCAGUUCGCCACUGCAUCCCAGCAGCGGCACGCCGCCCUCGCCGCAGGGGAGUUCAGACCAGAACUUGAGUACUGGCGGCGUGAAUUCCCCUCGCCCCCGCCCGCCCUCCCGCUCCUAACGGUGUCGAAGGUGCGAGAGCGGCCCGUCCUGAGGGCCUACGAGAACAUCACGGCAGACUGCCGCAUCGGCCCGGAGACCAAGGCGCGGAUCGCCGCGAUCUGCCGGCAGCUGCGGACGACGCCGUUCCACUUCUACCUCGCGGCCCUGCGCGCCCUGCUCCUGCGGUACUGCGAGGGCGGGGAGGACGUCACCACCGCGGUGGCGGAGAACGGCAGGGGGCGGGAUGCCGAGGAGAUGGAGGUCGUCGGGCCGCUGUACAACCUCGUGCUUGUGCGUAUCGUGGCGGAUCUGUCGACCGGGUUCAGGGACCUGCUGGAGGUCGCGCGCGACAAGACGUACGCGGGCUUGGCUAACGGCAAUGUGCCAUUUAUCAAGGUCGUGGAAGAACUCGGCCUCCAACGCAACGCAAGACACACUCCAUUCUUCCAGGUCUUUGCAGAUUACAGAACCGGCCAGCGGGAGACGGUCGCCUUUGGCGAGAGGAACGAAUUGUGUUUCAUGGGGUUCGACCUGAACGUGCCGUACGAUGUCUACCUUGACACAGUAGACGUGCCGGACGGGGACUGUGCCCACUGCUUGUUCCUGCGUAGGGAUCUGUUCGAUCAGCCGGCGGCGGACAGGCUGGUUGCCAGUUAUAAGCUUUUGAUAGAGGCUUUUGCGGCUGAGCCGGAAAUAUCGGUCGGUGCGGUGGAUCUGGCUGCGCCUGGGGAAGUUGAAGAGCCCGGGCUGUAG